AUGACUACAGCACAUCGACCAACAUUCGACCCAGCGCGGGGCAAAGAAGCCUUACGCGGGCCUGCAUAUCAUCAGAGACUACUGCCUGCGCAUACUCAGCUCAAAGUCAGACAGCCGGGACAAGGUGGAGCAGCCGACAGUGAUGAGCGCGACUUGAGAGCCGACCUCCUUGCUGCUGAGGCUGUUCACUUUGCGAAGACAGGCAAAGGCCUCAAGUCCGAGGCCAGUGCGUCAACAGCGGUCAAACGAGAAUUGGAGGCACCAAGUAAGGAAGCAGCCGAGGACCCAGAGGCUAAGCGACGACGGAUACUGGAAGAGACUAGGGACAUUGACGCAGACUCAGAGUCGGAGUCAGCUUCAGCCGAAUCGGAGAGUAGCGACGAAGGAAGUGAUGACGACGAUGAAGAGGAGCAAUUGAUGCGCGAGCUUGAGAAAAUCAAACGAGAACGGGCAGAUCAGAAAGCGAAAGAGGACGCCGACAAGGCCGCCGAAGAGCAAGAGAAGCGAGAAGAAAGCAUUGCACUCGGCAACCCUCUACUUAAUCCCAAGGCUUUCAAUGUCAAGCGAAGAUGGGAUGACGACGUCGUCUUCAAGAAUCAAGCCCGUGGCACGGAGCAGAAGGGCAACAAGGAAUUUGUCAACGACCUGCUGCGAUCCGACUUUCACAAAAAGUUCAUGUCGAAGUAUGUACGGUGA